AACAUACGAGUAUUAACUUUUCGUCUGGCCAGUCGCCUGGGCGCUCGUCGAAGAAAGUGAAAACUAUGAAAAUAAGUUUUAGCGCGAGUGCUAUAUAAAAAAAGACGAAAGAAUUUUUUUAAGUUUAUCUCGAGAAUCGAAAGAUACAUACCAUAUACCAUAAUUACCAGCCAUGGCAACCGAGACUACCAAAAUGAUCUAUACCCCGGCAGACAUCAAAAUGGAAGUUGAAAUCGGUGAACCACCACAGCCGCCAGUGAAAUGUUCCAACUUCUUCAGCAAUCACUGGAAGGGCCUUGUGGUCUUUCUGGUUCCUCUGUUCUGCCUGCCCAUAAUGCUGCUGAACAAUACACCCGAAUAUCGCUGCAUGUAUCUGCUAUUGGUGAUGGCCGUGUUUUGGGUGACAGAAGCCCUGCCCCUCUAUGUGACCUCAAUGAUACCCAUUGUGGCGUUCCCCGUGAUGGGAAUUAUGAGCUCCGAUCAGACCUGCCGUUUGUACUUCAAAGACACGCUGGUCAUGUUCAUGGGUGGCAUUAUGGUGGCCCUGGCCGUGGAAUACUGUAAUCUGCACAAGCGCCUCGCCUUGAGGGUAAUCCAGAUCGUGGGCUGCAGUCCCCGUAGAUUACACUUUGGCCUGAUUAUGGUUACCAUGUUCCUGUCCAUGUGGAUCUCGAACGCCGCCUGCACGGCUAUGAUGUGUCCGAUUAUUCAGGCUGUGCUGGAGGAGCUGCAGGCCCAGGGCGUCUGCAAGAUCAACCACGAGCCCCAAUAUCAAAUUGUCGGGGGCAACAAGAAGAACAACGAGGAUGAGCCACCAUAUCCCACCAAGAUCACUCUUUGCUACUAUUUGGGCAUUGCCUACGCCUCAUCGCUGGGCGGCUGUGGAACCAUCAUUGGAACGGCCACCAAUCUCACCUUCAAGGGCAUCUACGAGUCGCGUUUCCCCACCUCCACCGAACAGAUGGAUUUCCCCACAUUCAUGUUCUACUCGGUGCCAGCGAUGUUGAUCUACACAUUCCUGACAUUCCUCUUCCUGCAGUGGCACUUCAUGGGCCUGUUCCGUCCCAAGAGCAAGGAGGCUCAGGAAGUGCAGUUGGGCAAGGAUGGCGCCGAUGUGGCCAAGAAGGUGAUCGAUCAGCGUUACAAGGAGCUGGGCCCCAUGAGCAUCCACGAGAUUCAAGUGAUGAUUCUGUUCAUAUUCAUGGUCAUCAUGUACUUCACCCGCAAACCUGGCAUCUUCCUGGGCUGGGCCGAUUGGCUGAACACCAAGGACAUUCGCAACUCUAUGCCAACUAUUUUCGUCGUCAUCAUGUGCUUUAUUCUGCCAGCCAACUAUGCUUUCCUGCGCUACUGCUCGAGACGUGGCGGUCCAGUGCCCACGGGCCCGACCCCCUCUCUGAUUACCUGGAAGUUCAUCCAGACCAAGGUGCCAUGGGGCCUGGUCUUCCUUUUGGGCGGUGGCUUUGCCCUGGCCGAGGGCAGCAAAGUGAGCGGCAUGGCCAAGCUGAUUGGCAACGCCCUGAUUGGCCUGAAGGUCUUGCCAAAUGCUGUACUCCUGCUGGUGGUCAUCCUGGUUGCUGUUGUGCUCACGGCCUUCAGUUCCAAUGUGGCUAUUGCCAACAUUAUUAUUCCCGUACUGGCGGAGAUGUCGCUGGCUAUUGAGAUUCAUCCGCUGUAUCUGAUUCUGCCCGCUGGUCUGGCCUGCAGCAUGGCCUUCCACCUGCCAGUGAGCACGCCGCCCAAUGCUCUGGUUGCCGGCUAUGCCAACAUUAGAACAAAGGACAUGGCCAUUGCUGGAAUCGGCCCCACCAUCAUCACCAUCAUUAUCCUGUUUAUCUUCUGUCAAACCUGGGGCCUGGUUGUCUACCCGAACCUCAACUCGUUCCCCGAGUGGGCGCGUCUCGCGGCCGAAGCAGCUGUCAACAAGACGCACUAGUUAGUUAGUCCUUAGUACUAGAAAAACAUAUAACACACCGAAACGUUAGGGAAUUGUACAAGAAAAGUGCCUUUUGCUGAAUGAAACAGAGCGAGAGAGAGAUAUAUUUAGAGAGAGAAAGAACGAGAACAGAGCAGAUGUUUAACAAGAUAUGCAUUUCUGAUUUGAGAACUUUUGAUACAAAUCAUUGAUUUUGUUUAGCAAAACGUGUAGCAUACAAAUGUGAGGAGAGAGCGUUAUCAAUAUUGUUGAAAAACGAUGAACCAGGGAGGCAAAACCCCAGCGCUUUGCUCACGAAACUCAGCUAAAUAUUUAAAUACAAAUUAAUGUUACUUAAUUGUUGCAUUUAGUAAGCAAAAACGAAGAAAGCAUCAUGAGAAACUACAUUUAAUGACCGACGCAGCAGUAGCAGCGGUAGUUUGCUUAUAUUUUUAAUUACUAGACUGAGAGAACGUACAUAUUCAAGCAUGUUUUGCAAUUAAUCAACAAUUUUUGUAAUGAAUAACUUACUCAAUAUUUGAUUGCAAACCGAAAUGAGCACACAAAUAGCCUUAGUUUAAGUUUAAAUGAUACUGUGUAAAUUUUCAAACGAUUUAUGUUGUAUAUAGUUUUUAAAAGAAAUCGAAGUAACAAUAAAAAGCUCAACCAACAAAUGAA